CAGAUACACAGCAGAGCCGAAAGUGGUUCCACUGCAGCUUAAGACGCAUCCAAGGUCACUGACCAGCCCGCACUGUGUGCACUGUGUGCGCAGACGCUCAAGAUGUCAUUGCAAUUUGUACCACGUCGCGUGGCUCGCAAUCAACCCAAAAGGGCUCCUCUCAGCGCAAACACGCGUCAUGACGGGUCCGUGGUCGCACUAUCCAACAGUGCGCUAUCGGCGCACUCGGAUCCCACACAGACUGCAGAGGAAGCCGUGCUGGCCCUCAUGCUCAAAGUCAAGGUGCUCGACUUUGACUCACACUGUGCUUCAGGCGAGUUGAGCAUGGACAGCAAAGCUAACAUCGUGGCGCAGCUAGAGAAGAUUUGUCCACGAAGCGUAUCGUACGUAAAGCUUCUGGGAGAGGAGAAAGAUCAGGACGACGAGGUUGCGCAAUCCGAAUCAGAAAAAUGGCUUCUGAUCCGGGCAAGAUCGAGACGCGCAGCUGAGGAUCUGCUCGCGAGCAGCAGCACCGUGCCUGAGACUUGCACACCUUCGCGCAAGCCCUCAAUCGAAUGGCGCAGCAUUCGUCGUCCAGCUCCACGCGAGCAAGCAUCCAUCUUGCAGCAGCUUCCUCCACGAGUGCUCAACUUUGCAAAAUGUCGAGCAGCUGAAGUAGAUGCGCUCGCAUCUCGCCCAGAUACUAGCACCCAUCACGCAACACGUCCCUUUUCCACCGUCGACCAUCAUAGCGACGUCACCUCGGCCUCAGCUUCAAUGUGGCUCGAGAAGCGUCGAGAGACGCGUCGAAGAAAAGUGUACAAUAGGCGCAGACGGAGGAAAGGAGUCGGAUCGUCUGGCAUGGAAGACCAUGCAGUCGCAGAUGUCCAUUCAGCUCUUCGACCCACAUGAUGCGCACGACAAUCGCCAAUCGUUGAUCAGAGCUACUUGAAUCGUUGGUCCAAAUCACUUGGCUGUCGCUUCUUAGCAGAUAUGACGCUUGCAAAGGUGACGUGGUACGCGCUAAGUAC